GCACACUAGACCCACCGAUCGCGACUUUGUGUGUGUUAAAAUGACGCGCAUAUCGUUUUGGGCUAAUAAUAUUGUUCACGUUUUAUAAAACAGAUACACGGUUAAGCUCUGACCGGUCGUAUUAUUAUCUGUGUGUUCUUGGUUGACACGUUUAUUUCAUUUAUUCUCAUUUAAAGCAACGAUGUGAAGAACAGUGCGGGCGUUUCUCAACAUAAGAAUACAUACAAACUUAUGCGUGAUGGUGAGCAAAUAAAAUAGUUCAAAAAAUUACUCGGCCACCGCCUUAACCGUACAAACGGAAAUACAUAAAGCAUAGAGGCGUAGUCGGUGAGUCAGCCACGCCAACAGUUAACAGUCGUCAUUUUGCUGUCUGUCUAACACGCAAUUUGUGUGUGUAUAUGUGAAUAAACAGAUACCGGUAUGCAAUCGCAAAGCUGGUCAACUGUAAAGAUCGAAUAAAUUCGGCCACAAUUAAUAUACUUAUUUAUUCAUCAAAACCAAACCACCACAAGAGCAUAACCAAUCAUGUUAAAGUUUAUCAGAGGAAAAGGGCAGCAGCCCAGUGCUGACAGACAACGCUACAUCGUAAGUUUAGAAUAAAUACGGCCACAAUUAGUAUACAUAUUUAUUCAUCGAAACCAACCCACCACAAGAGCAUAACCAAUUAUGUUAAAGUUUAUCAGAGGAAAAGGGCAGCAGCCCAGUGCUGACAGACACCGCCUACAGAAGGACCUUUUUGCUUAUCGUAAGACGGCACAGCAUGGCUUUCCUCAUAAGCCUUCGGCUCUUGCGUAUGAUCCAGUUUUGAAACUUAUGGCAAUAGGGACGCAAACAGGGGCUUUAAAAGUUUUCGGUCAACCCGGAGUUGAAUUGUACGGUCAGCAUACUUUGUUAAACAAUUCAGCAUCGGAGCUUAAUGUACAAUUACUUGAAUGGGUGUAUGGAACUGGUCGCAUACUUUCGUUGACGGCAGCGAAUCAAUUAAUUCUAUGGGAGCCAGUUGGAGCAACGUUGCUGCCAAUCAAAACACUACCGUUUGACGGCAAACUUAAAAAAGUUUCAUCGCUGUGCUGUUCUCUCAGUAAGGAUCUGCUAUGGAUUGGAACAGAAGGUGGAAACAUCUAUCAACUGGAUUUACAUACAUUUACCAUUAAGGAGCCUGUAAUUUACCAUGACGUUGUGCUAGAGCAGGUGCCACCAGCCUACAAGCUAAAUCCUGGUGCAAUUGAGUCAAUCCGCCAACUUCCAAACUCCCCUAGCAAACUUCUAGUUGCAUACAAUCGCGGCCUUUGUGUUUUGUGGGAUUUUGAAAGCGCAUCUGUCCAGCGAGCAUACAUAGCCCCUGGACAUGGACAGAGCGUUGGUCUUACAGUGAACUUCGAAGGAUCUGAAUUUACCUGGUACCACGCUGAUGGUUCAUACGCCACUUGGAGCAUAGAUAACCCAGAACCGCCGUCGAAUGUUAAUUAUGUGCCUUAUGGACCUGAUCCAUGCAAAAGCAUAAAUCGACUGUACAAAGGCAAGCGAAGAUCCAACGAUGUAAUUGUUUUUUCCGGCGGCAUGCCACGGUCAGCAUAUGGUGAUCACAAUUGUGUGUCCGUUCACGCCAGCGAUGGACACAAAGUGUGUCUUGACUUUACGUCUAAAGUGAUUGACUUUUUUGUGACCUUUGAAAAUAAUAGAGAUGUCGCUGAAGUUCUUGUUGUACUACUUGAAGAGGAACUCUGCGCUUACGAUCUUACUGACCCUAAUAUUUGUGCUAUCAAAGCGCCAUAUCUUCACUCUGUCCAUGCAUCAGCUGUCACUUGCAAUUACCUUGCUUCUGAAGUCGUACAGUCGGUAUAUGAAAGUAUUUUAAGAGCUGGAGAUGAACAAGACAUUGACUAUAGCAAUAUUAGCUGGCCUAUCACUGGCGGUACUCUCCCGGAUAACUUAGAAGAAUCUGUAGAAGAGGACGCGACUAAGCUUUAUGAGAUUUUGUUAACUGGUCACGAAGAUGGUUCUGUUAAAUUUUGGGACUGCACUGGAGUGUUGCUUAAACCAAUUUAUAAUUUUAAAACUAGCAGCAUUUUUGGAAGUGAGUCAGACUUCCGAGAUGACGCAGCUGCAGAUAUGAGUGCGGAACAAGUCGAUGAAGGAGAACCGCCAUUUCGGAAAUCAGGACUUUUUGAUCCUUAUUCAGAUGACCCUCGUUUAGCAGUGAAGAAAAUAGCAUUCUGCCCAAAAACCGGACAACUUAUUGUUGGUGGCACAGCGGGCCAAAUAGUUAUAGCCGACUUCAUAGACUUACCCGAAAAAGUGUCUUUAAAAUACAUUUCAAUGAAUUUGGUCAGCGAUCGUGAUGGAUUUGUGUGGAAGGGUCACGAUCAGUUAAACGUGCGAUCGAACUUAUUAGACGGAGAAGCAAUUCCUACGACGGAACGUGGUGUAAAUAUAUCGGGAGUACUGCAAGUUUUGCCGCCAGCCAGCAUAACAUGCAUGGCACUCGAAGCAAGCUGGGGCCUAGUAUCUGGUGGGACUGCGCACGGCUUAGUUCUCUUUGACUUCAAAAACUUUGUUCCAGUAUUUCAUCGCUGCACUUUAAACCCAAAUGAUCUUACUGGAGCAGGAGAGCAGCUGUCUCGUCGAAAGUCUUUUAAGAAAUCAUUGAGGGAGUCAUUUAGAAAGCUUCGCAAGGGUCGAUCGACCAGGACCAACCAGAGCAAUCAAGUACCAACAACGCUGGAAGCAAGACCCGUCGAGAGGCAAAUAGAGGCUCGUUGUGCAGAUGACGGGCUAGGAUCCAUGGUGCGAUGUUUACUAUUUGCCAAAACUUAUGUUACUAAUGUCAACAUAACGUCGCCAACUUUGUGGUCAGCAACAAAUGCCAGUACAGUCUCGGUUUUCCUUCUGCAUUUGCCACCAGCGCAGACCGCGGCAACUGCCGUCCCGUCGGCAAGUGGCAAUGCACCACCACACAUGCCCCGCCGAAUUUCUGCGCAGCUUGCUAAAGAAAUACAAUUAAAACAUCGUGCUCCUGUGGUGGGUAUUUCUAUUUUUGAUCAGGCGGGUAGCCCUGUCGAUCAGCUGAACGCCGGUGAAAACGGGAGUCCACCGCAUCGUGUACUUAUUGCUUCCGAGGAACAGUUCAAGGUGUUUUCACUUCCGCAACUAAAGCCGAUUAACAAAUAUAAGCUUACCGCUAACGAAGGUGCUCGGAUUCGCCGCAUCCAUUUUGGUUCGUUUAGUUGUCGCAUAUCCCCGGAAACACUGCAGAGUAUGCACGGUUGUAGCCCAACUAAGUCCACGCGUUCACAUGGCGAUGGAGAGGCGGAUCCUAAUAUCAGUGGAAGCUUGGCUGUAAGUCGUGGAGAUGUAUAUAACGAAACAGCAUUGAUAUGUUUAACGAAUAUGGGCGAUAUCAUGGUUUUAUCAGUACCUGAAUUAAAAAGACAGCUGAAUGCCGCAGCAGUGCGACGGGAAGACAUUAAUGGAGUUUCGUCACUUUGCUUUACAAACUCUGGAGAAGCACUGUAUAUGAUGUCUUCUUCUGAACUGCAGCGUAUUGCUUUAGCCACGUCCAGAGUCGUGCAACCCACUGGCGUUGUUCCAGUAGAACCAUUAGAAAAUGAAGAGUCUGUGUUGGAAGAAAAUGAUGCAGAGAAUAAUAAGGAAACCUACGCAUGUGAUGAAGUUGUGAAUACAUAUGAAAUUAAAAAUCCAUCAGGCAUUUCAAUAUGCACAAGGCCUGCAGAGGAAAACGUUGGAAGAAAUAGUGUUCAGCAAGUUAAUGGAGUCAACAUUUCAAAUUCACCUAAUCAAGCUAACGAGACUAUCAGCAGCUCUAUUGGCGAUAUUACCGUUGACUCGGUGCGCGACCAUUUAAAUAUGACGACCACCACUUUGUGUUCUAUUAAUACAGAGGAAACCAUUGGUCGCCUAUCUGUACUUAGCACGCAAACCAACAAAGCCAGUACUACCGUAAACAUGAGUGAAAUUCCAAAUAUUAAUAUUUCUAAUUUAGAGGACUUGGAAUCGAAAAGAAAUACGACGGAAACGAGUACUAGUUCUGUUGUAAUUAAAUCUAUAAUUACAAACAUUUCUCAUGAAAAAACGAACGGAGACAACAAAAUAGGAACGCCAAAAACAGCGCCUGAAGAAAGCCAAUUUUAACAUUGACAGAAGCCGUAACCUACUAAUUAUUUUAUACCUUUACAGAAAUACGACGCAAACGAGUACUAGUCCUGAUGUAAUUUAAUCUAUAAUUACAAACAUGUCUCACUAAAAAUCGAACGGGGACAGCAAAAUAGGAACGCAAAAAAAUUAAAUUAAAUUAAACGCGAUUUACAUACAAACAGAAAUGACAGAAUGAUAAUAUAAAAUAUUCAUUUUUUAUUUGGCUUAAGCGAUGUUGUUGUUCCAAAACCAUAUAAUUAUUUAUGAUUUUAUGUAAUGUUUUCAUGUAUUUUCGCGUAGUGACUUUAUACCCUUUACCCGUAUGAUGAAACGAAACAUGAUAUUUGUAGAAAGGUACAAAGGAUAAAAGUUGACAUUUAAGGCCGAUUGUAAAAUAUUAAAACGCAACCUGGAUAACAUGCCGAUUAAUUACUUCUGUUCGUCCGUAUAAACACAAAUACCGAUAAAUUGGUCCGUCCCCAUUUAAUAAAUUGUAUAUUAAAAUGGUCUUUAUUUUGGAUAAAUAAUUCAAAUUAUAUAGGAACAUUUGGGUUUUAAGGGAUAGAAACAGCGCUGGUGUCUUUCAUUUCCGUUCGUAUGACCGUUCAAAGAUUAUAAAAAAAUUGUCGUGCCCACAUUUUUUAAAUUUCUUUUAUUUUCGGUUAAAAUAUUGUGAUACAAAAAAAUGCCCUUACAAAAUUAGGACAACAACAAUUUGCUUUAUUAUGAUGAACAAAUUAGGAGUACAAAAAAUAGCCUGAUGCAAGGAUGGGGAGAAAAAAGACCUUGAAGUUCAAAAGAAUUUGUUGUAUCAAAUCCUCAAUAAGAAAACUACUUAAAAUUAAAAGCGUGUUUCAAAUUAAUUGUAGAAUAUUUCGUAAAAUGAAAUUGCAAACUUUUUUAGCACGAAAUUACAUGUAUUUAAUUCUUUGGCUAAUACGUCAGUUAAAAAAGGCUACAUUUUGAUGAUACUCACAAAUGUAAUUUUUGCAUUCUACACAGGUGCAAUUAAAAAAUUAUGGUUUUUAUGAGUUUUAGAGGGAAGAAAAUAUGUCAAUAUGAGAAGUAAGUUAAUGAGCCUUCAAGUACUUUAGUACAUAAUGUAAUUUAAUUUUAGAAAUCCUACGGCUUUAUAUUCAAUUGUAAAGUAUUUUAAAAUUCCUGACGAUUUGUAGUAAUUGUUUUGUUCUUAGCUUUUUUGCAUUCUCCUCCGUUACUCCGUUACUCGUAUAGUAAAAGGUAUAGUAUAUACAAUAGUAUUGUAGAUUCGUUGAGAAGUAUGUUACAGGCAGAAGGAAGCUUUUCCGACCAUAUAAAGUAUAUAAUUGAGUAUUUAGCUUAGGAUUAUUAAUAAAACAUGUAUUUUAUUUAAC